UGCACACUGAUGUGUGGUGUCUACAAAGCACUACAGUUCCCAUGAACCAGGCAGAAGGGGCAGAGUUUCACAGCAUAUGAAAAGAAACACUCAUUCAGUUCAGAGGAGGCUUUAACUCUGCCUUUCAUCCACAGCUAUGAGUGAAGGAACGCACCUGCGGAGGCGAGGGGGGCCGUACAGGACGGAGCCUGCCACAGACCUGAGCCGCUGGAGGCUGACUAAUAUGGAGGGCAGGCAGACCUGGCGUUAUGUUGAGGAACAGGAAACCCCAGACAGAGCGCAGACCAUGCUGGAAGCCCACUCGCUAGGCAUAGACACGAAUACCUUUGUUUCUGAUUCCCCCACUGCCCACACGGCUGUGGAUGUUGCUCUGAAAGGUAUGCACUUCUACAGUCACCUCCAGGCUGAGGACGGUCACUGGGCGGGCGACUACGGCGGACCCCUCUUCCUGCUCCCAGGCCUCCUGAUUACAUGUCACGUGGCUAAAAUACCUCUGCCCGAGGCCUGGAAGAAGGAGAUGGUGAGGUACUUGCGCUCCGUUCAGCUGCCAGAUGGAGGAUGGGGUCUACAUAUUGAAGAUAAGUCGACCGUCUUUGGAACAGCACUGAGUUACAUCUCACAAAGGAUCCUUGGAGUAGAGCCUGACGAUCCAGAUAUGGUAAAAGCCAGGAAUAACCUGCACGGCAAAGGCGGUGCAGUUGGGAUUCCCUCGUGGGGUAAAUUCUGGUUGGCCAUUUUAAAUGUCUACAGCUGGGAGGGAAUGAACACACUCCUACCAGAGAUGUGGCUGUUCCCUGCUUGGAUGCCAGCCCACCCCUCAACUCUGUGGUGUCACUGUCGCCAGGUCUACCUCCCCAUGAGCUACUGCUAUGCUGUCAGACUGGCAGCUGAGGAAGACUCCCUGGUCCUGAGCCUCAGACAGGAGCUGUAUCUCCAAGACUAUGCCACCAUCAACUGGCCUGCUCAGAGGAACAACGUAGCCGCAUGUGACAUGUACAAACCUCACAGCACACUGCUCACCUUUGCCUACAAGGUGUUAAAUGUGUACGAAGCCCAUCACAGCAGCACACUGAGAGAAAUGGCUGUCAAAGAGCUGUAUGACCACAUCCAGGCUGACGACCGCUUCACUAAAUGCAUCAGCAUCGGACCGAUCUCUAAGACUAUCAAUAUGCUGGUUCGCUGGUAUGUCGAUGGUCCCUCCUCUCCAGUCUUUCAGGAGCAUGUGUCCAGGAUCCCAGACUACCUCUGGCUGGGACUGGACGGCAUGAAAAUGCAGGGGACUAACGGAUCUCAACUCUGGGACACUUGUUUUGCUGUUCAGGCUUUCCUUGAGGCUGGAGCCCAGGACACCCCAAGGCUAGCAGAAUGCCUCCAAGACGCCCAUCAGUUUCUCACCAUCACACAGAUUCCUGAGAAUCCUCCUGAAUACCAGAAGUACUACAGACAGAUGAACAAGGGAGGCUUCCCCUUCAGUACCCUUGACUGUGGUUGGAUUGUGGCUGACUGCACAGCCGAGGGCCUGAAGUCAGUGAUGUUGUUGCAGGAGCUUUGUCCAUCCAUCAGCCAGCCUGUCCCCACUGAGCGUCUAUAUGAUGCUGUCAAUGUGCUUCUGAGCAUGAAAAACUCAGAUGGUGGAUUUGCCACCUAUGAAACUAAGAGAGGAGGGAGACUCCUGGAGCUGCUCAACCCCUCUGAGGUAUUCGGUGACAUCAUGAUUGAUUACACCUAUGUGGAGUGCACGUCAGCGGUAAUGCAGGCUCUCUGGCACUUCCAGAAGGUCCACCCUGAACACCGUGCUGAGGAGAUAAGGUCCACUCUGAGAGAAGGACUGGAGUAUUGCAGGAGGGUGCAGCGGCCAGAUGGAUCAUGGGAAGGGUCCUGGGGCGUGUGCUUCACAUAUGGCAUAUGGUUUGGCCUUGAGGCUUAUGCUUGCAUGGGUCACGUCUACGAGGACAAGGAUGUGUGUGUCGAGGUGCAGAAAGCUUGUCAGUUCCUACUGGACCGGCAGAUGCCAGACGGUGGGUGGGGGGAGGACUUUGAGUCGUGUGAGCAGCGGUGCUACAUCCAGAGCAGCACUGCUCAGAUCCACAACACCUGCUGGGCUUUGUUAGGCCUCAUGGCUGUCAGGCAUCCUGACAGGCAGGUCAUUGAGAGAGGAGUACAGCUACUGAUUGACAAGCAGCUACCUAAUGGAGACUGGCCACAGGCUUUGCUAUGUGGUGUUCUAUUCCUUUCACCUCGCCAGGAAAAUAUCGCAGGCGUGUUCAAUAAGAGCUGUGCCAUCAGCUACACCUCCUACAGAAAUGUGUUCCCAGUCUGGACCCUUGGCCGCUUCUCAACACUUUACCCCAGCAGUCCGCUAGCCGGGAAGGUCAAGCUCUAAAGACCUUUUAAAGGCACGACUAUGUGGUUGAAUGAGAAAACGAUGUUUUCCGGCAAGUUCAGACAAUCAAAAGAAAGUGUAUACUUUCUGACUGUUUUGGCACUUAAGCUGUGUUUAAGGUUCAGAGAUUCAGAGUUGAAUUCAUCAGUUGAAGUAGCACAUUUCAAUCUUGCAUUUUUUUCUAUGUUGACAUUCUAGCAUAGCUCAUCCACCGGAGCUACUCCUAACACAGCUUUUGUGAUCACCUGCCGCCUUCCAAGAUGCCCUGUUAAUGUGCUCUGGUUUAUAAAGUGUAUAAAAGCAUUUUUUUAAUGCUAUAAUUAUGUUUACUGUCUUCAGUGAAUGCAUCCUAGAUUGUGUAACAAUGUUUUGUAUCAGACACAAAGCACAUAAGGAAAUAAAAGCAUUUUUACUGCUUGGAAUAAGUAAUUUAGCUGUUUAGUCAGGACAUGCAGGACAAUUUGUUACUUAUGCAAAAAAAUAUAAACAAACGAGUUUGGCAGAAUGAUAUAGGGCCCCCUGAUCCUGAGAAGUAUUUACUUACCAAACCCUCAUGUUUUUGCCCUUUCACCGCCUGUGUUUUCACUGAUACACCAGAGUUUUUAAAGGCAUUAAAGGUGUGUUCAUGAGAAAUCUUUUGCAAUGUCAUGGGAGUGUCUCCGAUAGAUUGUAGGUGUUUAUUUGUGUAGCUGAGGUGCGUGAAGAAGCAUACUGUGGGUCUUUUCAGUCACAGCAUGCUUGGAAACAGGCAAACAAUACACAAGACAAUGUAACUGGUUAAUCUUGUGCUUCCCAUUGUAGGCAUGCCCAGGUGCUGAUAGUAAACUGGUUUUAAUCUGCCUCACCCUCGGCUUUUCCACAUAUAGUUUUUCUCUGGAUAAAAAACUGAUUUACACAGACAACAACUCUUAAAUUAAUACAAGUAUAAAAAAUAUGAAAGAAUCUUAGAAAGGGUUGAAACAAAUAAGGAUAUAUAACAGUGGCCAAUCCACAGCUGUCAACUAAAAAUAUAAUGGCACAAAUUUCAAAAAGUAGAAGGACAUAGUGCAACUGCAUUUAUAAGUAUACAAAGGUUAACUGACUUUCUUGUACCUAACUUCCUUUCAUUUGUUAUUACAAGUAGACAAUCUAAAAGCUGAACUGAACUGAAUUUCAUGAAAUUCUUUUAUGCUUGGAGUUUUGGAUUUGAGGUCUGGAGAGUUGGAUUUUGUUUAUUUUAAGUCUGUUUUUUGUUACCUUAGAUAUUAAAUACUCUUUUUCCCUUCUUACCUUCAUCCUUUAUUUUGGCCCUGCUCCUUCAAACCUGUGACACUUAGACCUAACUAUACUAUUUAACUAUUAUAAAAAUAUACUAGGAUAGUACCUAAUGUAAAAUUUCAUAUAAUAGCAGAAUUUACUAUGAUUCUGCUGCUCUUGUACAUAUCAAAUACAAGCUGCUGGCCUGGCUGCAUUUGUUUUUAUUUAUUAUUGUACUUAGACCAAUCUAUACUAUUUAACUAUCAUAAAAAUAGACUUUAUUGAUUUAAAUGAAUAGUACCCAAUGUAAAAUAUGAGAUAGAAGCAUUUUACCACCAUGCAACUCUCCAGAGGGGGCCACUGGGGGGGCCAAUGAUUUCAUGGGGGCCGCGCCCCCCCUUGACGGCGCCACUGGAUGUAAGCAUGUUUGUGUUUUGCCAUUCAUGUCAGAGCUGAGCUGCAACAGGGGCUUGUCAUUGUCAAAUGCAUGUAAACCAGCAACAAUCAAUAUAAUAAGAAUAAAUUAAAGUUUACGGAGGAUGUGCAGAUGACAGCUGUAUUUCCACUAAAUUUCAAAUGUGUCAAAAGUUUCCACGAUAUUUGUAAGUCUGGACAAUCUUAACACUUGUUAACUAGUGUGUGUGUGUGUGUGUGUGUGUGUGUGUGUGUGUGUGUGUGUGUGUGUGUGUGUGUGUGUGUGUG